AUGACGAACCAGGCGGAUUUUGAGAAGGAUGCGUCGGGAAGAGAGUAUGGCAACCUUCACAGCGCCAGGCAUCCAAUCCCUACCGUUCAGAGUUACAGGCAGCAUAGAAGGGAAUUGGAAGGACAGGUAGAAGAUGAGGAGCAAGCGCAACAAGGACCAGAGGACGACUCGAGACCAAAGCGGGCGUUCCAAUCUGCGAAAGCCGUCAUCCAAGGUGAAGAUACUCCUAAGUCUCGACAUGAUCCAUAUCCAUCUACGAACCAUAACUAUGCCGAUAAUCCCCCGUAUGCCCCCGAAGAAGAGCAACAAGAAGAAGAGGGCAGUCGAUCUAAAGAGACGCAACAAGAUUCUACCAAUGAUACUAGAAGACAGGAGGAACCUGAUGACCAUCGGGGAGACGGCAGUAAGAAGGGAGGUGAACAAGAAAAGUCGGCAACUGAAGCUGUAGCAAGCGCUGUUGACCCGAGAGAAAAGCGCAAAGCGAUGAAGAAGACUAAGAGACAUGGUGGAGGACGCGAAGUCACCGAUCCCGUUACCCAUUUGCCGAUUAUCAUACACGAUCAGACUGAGAAGGAUCUAAGCUCUGCGCCUCAGAAUAUCCCCGCGCCAGGACUACAUCAUUAUACUGCUACCGGGCCCCAGGGUGCUUCCAAGUCAGACCAAGAGUUGACCUCUGAGCGCGACGAGUUGCAACAGGCUCAUAAUGGAAUGCAGAGGCUAUUUCCGCCACCGGAUUUUGAGCACACAAAGCAAGGACUCGCUGCUGUUUACGAGCAGGCAGUAUAUGCUGGCCUGGGUCUAAUAGGUAUUCUGGCUGUUGUUCUACUGUUCGCCCCGUCAGUUUUCAUUGGGCCGGGUUGGUCCAUCCUAUUCAGCACAGCUCUGUUUGUUUUGCUGGGAACGGUGACUAUCAUUGGCAUGGGAAAAUGGAUAAGUAAGAAAACCAGCGAGCUAUUUGAAGACGAGACUUGGGAUGCUGCGCGACGAGCAGAGCAGGCUGUCCUGAAUAACGACGAGGAGCUUCCUGAAUCGACUCAAUGGUUAAAUAGCUUGCUCUCGUCCAUCUGGCCGCUCGUUAACCCAGAUCUCUUCGCUUCUCUCGUCGAUCAAAUCGAGGAUAUUAUGCAAGCAUCCCUUCCCAAGGUUAUUAAGAUGGUCAGUGUCGACGAUAUGGGACAAGGUAGCGAGGCUAUUCGAAUAUUGGGCGUGCGAUGGCUACCGACUGGUGCGGCUAGUCAAACAGUGGGCUCCGAUAAUCAACUUCAAGGGGAUGACAAGGGGACCGGAAACGAUCGAACAGACCCGCAAAAUCCCCAAGGAGGCGCCAAUGACCAGGAAAAUAAUGCCGAAGGGAAGAGUAAAGAUUCGAAGCAAGAGGAACAGGAGCAAACGGCCAUGCGAGAGGGGAUGGAGGCGGAAGAGGGCGAUUUCGUGAAUUUGGAGCUUGCGCUCGCCUAUCGAGGCCGCUCGUCCGGCAAGUCGGUCAAGGCCAAAGCCAAGAAUGCCCAUCUUUACCUAAAGUUUUACCUUCCAGGAGAGGUAGCUAUCCCCGUCUGGGUUGAGCUUAAGGGCCUUAUUAUGACUGUUCGACUCCGGCUUCAACUGACACCGGACCCACCGUUCAUAUCUUUAUGUACUAUGACCUUCCUUGGACAGCCAAAGGCCAGUCUCUCCUGUGUCCCUCUUUCAAAGCAUAGCUUUAGCUUGACGGAUGUCCCAUUGAUAUCUUCUUUCGUUAACUCGGCAAUCGAUGCUGCUCUUGCGGAAUAUGUGGCUCCUAAGAGCUUGACUUUGAACCUAAAGGACAUGCUUGUAGGAGAAGAUUUUAAGAAGGACACAACUGGCUUAGGUGUCGUCUGGAUUUUCAUCAAGCAGGCGCGUGGCUUUAAACAAGGUGACGGCGGGAUCGGGCCUAUGAAGGGCUCAAGCGAUUCGUAUGUUACUGUAUCGUGGGGCAAAUUCGGUAAACCUGUUGCUUCGACUCGCAUCAUUACGGGUGACGAUGAGCCGAAUUGGAAUGAAUGGGCAAGCAUUCUGGUGACUCCAGAGGAGGUCAACGCCGAGGAAAAGCUACGACUUCAACUAUGGGAUUCGGAUAAAUGGUCGGCAGACGACGAUCUAGGCCAAGUAGAGGUAGACCUCAAGUCUCUUAUGAAACAUCCGAACAAAUUUCGAGACCGCGAGGAUAGAUUUUGUGGCCAAGACCCCGACGAGAAGAUGCCAGGAUCAUUACAAUGGUCUGUCGGAUAUUUUUCGAAGAUAAGAAUCACGCCCAGAGAACUUGAACAGCAAACCGUCAACGGAGAAAUAAGAACUCACGAUCAGCUUAGACAACACGUCUCGGAAUUAUCCGAACAUAAGCUGCGGGAGGCUGGCAAGCCAUCGGAUGAUGACGAAGUGAAGCAACAGAAAGCUCAAGACUACAGAGAACUUGAAGAAGCCAUGAUUAUCUCAGCCCCGCCAUCUAACGACUUCGUCUCGGGUAUUCUCAGCAUCCAGAUCCAUAAUAUCACGGGGCUCGAAGUACAGAGGCUUCAAAAGGAAGAUAAAGGAGACGGAGGCGAUAACGAGGAUGAAGCCGAGCAGAACGACGACAUGCCCGACAGCUACUGUACUGUCAUAUUCAACCACAAAAAGGUCUACAGGACAAGAACGAAGCCGAAGAAUUCAAAACCUUUUUUUAAUGCCGGAACCGAACGAUUUGUUCGGGACUGGAGAGAUGGCGAGGUUAUCAUCAGUGUAUGGGACUCUCGCGAACGGGAAGACGAUCCGCUGAUAGGGAUUGUUUAUCUUCCCCUAGCGAAGGUGUUUGCGAAAAAGAGCCAGGUGAUGGAAAAUUACCCUUUAGUUGGAGGUAUUGGAUAUGGUCGGGCUCGUAUUAGCAUGGUUUGGCGAAGCGUGGAGCUUAAACUCCCACCAAAUCUCAGGGGGUGGGAUUAUGGAACCCUAGAGAUACGCGGAUUCAUUCAAGCGAAAAACGAUUUGCCUCGGUCAUUGACGGAGCAUCGCAUUAAGAUACACACGAACUUGGGACGAGCGAAGAUGUAUCCCGAAAAUGGUCAGUGGGUGUCUAAGGGUAAAAAGGAGCAAGAGGCUGUGUUCUUGGCAGUGCGCAAGCGAUAUGCUUCGGCCGUGGUGAUCGAAUUCCGCCAGUCCGUGCUUGGACCGGAUAAGACAGCCGCUUUUGCGGUCAUGUGGCUCCACGAGAUCGCCGAUGAGGAAAGCGAAAUACGAACCUUAAAAGUGUGGAAAGGAUCGAAGGAUGGCCUCCGCAAAGCCCAGUCAUGCUACGACUACAAUGGCAUGGGUGAUGGUGAACAACCUUUAGGCGAAGUUGAACUAUCAUUAAAAUUUUGGCGUGGUCUAUCUGGCUAUCACAAGAGCUAUGCUUCUCAGGCUAAGAAUAAUGAUCUGCGGAAUGUUAUGGAAUGCUUAGAUACAAUCACAGACGAAAAGCUCGACGACGACGAAGACGAAUCUGAACACGAAGGCGAUAUAACAAGUGAUGACGAUUCGGAAGAGGAGACACGCAAGAAGAAGCUCCGUGUCCACACCAACGAUGAUUCGUCGCGCUCUAGUUCCGACGACGAGGGCGAAGGCGACGGAUCCGGAACGUCGAGCUCUUCUCGCUUAUCCUUUUCAGAUAUCAAAAAGGUCAAAAAAGUCAAGAACAUCUUUCGCAACCCCGUAGACGGAGCUAGCGAAGCAGCUACGUCGGUACUGGCUCCAGGGCAUAACAGUCCAGACGAUGGAUCCAGAGGAAUCCGAAACCAGAUGCGCGACUACAAAGACCAUCACAAACAGCUUCACCGCAAACAUCGUGGCAUCAUGCAGUGGAGGCCAGCAAGAGAGGCUAACCACGUCGGGGAGAAACUAAGCAGACUCAAAGGAAAUAUCAGCGGAAUAUUUCAUCACGGGGAAAAAGAAACCGGCGUCGAAACCGAGGUGUGA